GCCAAGUGUCAGGUUGAGGUCGUACAUGAGUCGUAAGUGAGUCGUAAAUAUAAACAAAAGUUUGGUUGUUCUUGUUAUGUAAACUUUCUCCGGUAAAGUGUAGAAACUAUAUAAUAUCGAUAAUUGUUAUAAAUUUUGACGAAUUCUAAGAUGUUAAUCUUGCAGCUAUAAUUUUGUCAAGUUUUAAAUAAAAAUACUCCCACAGUUUUUUGGAAGAUUACAUAACCUCUAACCAAAAAAUGGCAUCUAGGACUGUUUUAGUAGGUGGUGGCACAGGUUUUGUUGGGUCUCGCUUGAAUAAACUCCUAAAAGCAAAUAACUUCAAUGUCAUAAAUGUAUCCCGGAUGCCUGCAGCUAAUAAUAUCUCUUGGACUGCAAUAGAAAGUUCUGGUUUGCCAUCAGACACUAGUGCUGUUGUAAAUCUUGCUGGACAACAGUUCAUGGAUUUUACUAAAUCUUGGACACCAGGCUUUAAGCAAAAUAUUUAUAAUUCCCGAGUUUUUACAACAAGAGCAUUGGCUACAGCCAUAAAUAAAAGUCAAAAACAACCAGAAGUGUUUGUGCUAGUCACGGGCGUUGGCGCAUAUGAGCCAUCAGAAACUACUAAAUACGAUGAAUCAAGUCCAACAACAGGUCAAGAUUUUUUUUCACGACUACUUGUUGAUUGGGAAAAGGCUGCUAAUGUAAAUCCACCGGUAAGGCUGGUAAUUAUUAGGUCUGGUGUUGUUAUUGGUCGCGAGGGUGGAAUGAUUAAAAACAUGUUCUUGCCAUUUUUCCUCGGACUUGGAGGUCCCAUUGCCUCCGGUAAACAAUUCCUACCAUGGAUACACAUAGAAGAUCUGAUAAGGUUAAUACAAUUCUCUAUAGAAUGCAAAGAAGUUAAGGGCAUACUCAAUGGCGUUGCUCCUCAUAUCAUCACAAAUGCGGAAUUCACGAAGGCUUUCGCUAAAGCACUAUCCCGACCAGCCAUCUUUCCAGUGCCAGAGUUCGUAUUGAAUUUCCUUCUGAAUGAGGAGAGAGCGAUGUUGUUAACAAAAGGACAACAUGUUACGCCGAAACGAACCUUGGAGUAUGGAUUCAAGUUUAAAUAUCCUAAGAUUGAAGAUGCGUGUGCGGAAUGUGCUCAUUUGUUUCCUAAAAACUAAUCAAUUUACUUUGAGCAUUUUGAAGUUCACAUAGUAGGUAUAUCUAGUGCUAUCUCAUAGUAUAUCUAUAAGUAGUCCAAUCUGAACACGAGGCGUAUGACUGCGCAGUGUACAAAAACAGAUCUCAACCAGGCUUGUGUAUUUAUUCUUUAGGUCUAUGACUUGCGCAAACCGCCAUGUUACAACUUCAAAUUGAACUACUUGUUUUG